AUGGGCAUGCACCUGGAGGAGGAAUUCAACCAGUCGAGGGGCGACCCUCUGUACGCAGAGGCCGUCCAGCCCCCCAAGGAGCCGCCACCAGGGCUCGUGGUGGGCUUGGUCACAGAGUGCUUCCCAGGAGUCGACCAGGAGGUCCUGGCAAGCUGCCGCGACGAGCUCGACCGGAUCCAGCGGCUGACGAGCGCCCAGCUGACCGCGAGGGAGGACCUCAGCGGAGGCUACACCCUCGUCGUCGCGGGCACCCGCCCCAUCGUCGAGCGCGCUGCCCCGCAGGUCGAGCGCGCUCUCGCAGGCGCAGGCCGUGGGGGCACGCCGGCGCUGGAGGGCGCGGCUGGUCGCCAGGAGCCGUGCACGGAGCCCGACCGGCCUGCCGAAGUGCAGCCGGAUGCGGCGGGCGAGGCGUCGGCGCGGAAGCCGCCGUGGCGGAAGGCGCACAGGGUCGCCAGCAAGGAGAGCCAGGUGGAAGAGCACCUGAACGUCCCUGCCGGCACGGUGAGCGCCGCUGUCAUCGAGGCGGACACCCCGCACGACGACAACCCGAUCCCGAUCGGGCCCUCGUCGUUCCUGACCAGCGCCAUCUUCGCGGCGGCGGCCAGGGCCGUCGGCCCUCCCGCGGCGCCAGAGAUGCCCGCGCCGGGGUCGGAGCCGGAGGGCGAGCCCGCAGAGGCGCUGUCCGCGGCAAGUGUCGAGCCGCCCCAGCCACGCGCUUGGACAAACCUCCCGCCGCUCUGGGAGAACGAGACUGCCGGCCCCUGGGGCGCGCCCGUCGCCAGGCCCCCAUGUGGACCAGCGCCGCUGCUCACAUCCGCGCGCCUCCGGAACGCGCCGCCUCCGCCAGCGGCUGUACUUUCCAGCUUCGCCCUGUGGUUUGGAAGCGCCGACGAGACGCCGCCCAGCAGCUGCGAAGAGUGGUUCAGCCCCGACGGGUUCAAUAGGCCCCAGAGGCGAAUAGCUUCAAGCAUCCUGGUGGAACCCGCCGCUCGCCUACAGGAGCUGGACGAGAACUCCGUCACUGGCCAGGACGGCCCAGACGUGGCUAAGGUCAUCAAAUUUGUUUUCCCCAUGCCUUGUGCCAUGGAGGGCGUCAAAAGCCGGAAGAAGAUUGUCUUCAAGAUGUGCAACGUGAGCUUCGCCUAUCCCGUGAGCAAGAGCCCUUCCAUUCUGGACUUAAACAUCGAAAUGUCUCAGGCAAGCCGUAUUUUGGUCACGGGUGCGAAGGGCUCAGGCAAGUCGACCUUAGUCAAAGUCUUGAUUGGUAAACUCAAGCUGACUGAGGGCGCAAUCCAGAAGGCCGUCGGACUCAGCGUGGCCUACGUCUCCCAGCACAUGUUCAAUCAGCUUGAAGAGUGUAUGCACAUGACUCCGCUUCAGUACAUGAUGGAGCGUUUCGCCAGCGGGAGCGACAGAGAAAACCCUGAGCUCCAGCAGUACCAGAAACGCAGGUUGCCCACGAGAGACGACAUCGAGCAGCACUGUAGUGAUUUCGGCGUUGACCAGGAGUCUGUAAACCGCCUGCACAUCAAACAGCUCAACAAGAGCAUGAGGUUCAAGCUGGUGCUGUCGGCCGCGCUGUGGCUGAACCCGAACCUGCUCGUCCUGGACGAGCCCGCCAGCUGCCUGGAGCGGUGCAGCCUCGAGGCCCUCGCGGCCGCGAUCGAGGACUACAAGGGCGGCGUGCUGAUCACCUCUCACAGCAAGGACAGGCACUACUUCGAGGCAGCCGCCACGGAGAGGUACGUCCUGCGGGGGGGCCGCCUGCGCGCCGACGCGCAGGCGAGUGGGGACGGCACUGCGGUGUCCGCCUGCGAGGCGCACGGCAGCGCGGGGACGGGCCGUGGCGCGGCGGGGCUCCAGGGCCUCACCGCCAAGCAGGCCAGGGACCUGUACCAGGACAUCUCCCGCAGGCUGAAGGAGGGCCAGAGGAACAAGACUCUGACAGACAGCGACAUGUGGGCGAUGCUCAGGGAGCUCGAGGAGCUCAAGCGUCGGCUUGAGGCGUGACUCCCGCGCGGUGAGCACCAGGCGGCUCCAUUCUCCUCGGCUCGAGGCCUGAGAGGGG